UAAGAGCCGAAGGCGAAAUUUCAAUCUCAAAGCUUGAAGUUUUGGCAAAUCAAUCGAUCGUUCACGUCGUGUUUUUCGUUUCUUUUUCUUAUUUCUUGGAACAGAAUGGAAUUGUCCAUGCGAAUCGUUUUCUAGGUACCAUACCAACAACUAAUUCAAUACAAAAGGACAGAUUCGGAAAGAAGGGCAGAGAACAUUUAAUAGAGUAGUGGAUUGGUUUAAUGUCUGGUCCAAUUGGCUUCAAAGUAGUGAAAGUUACAGCACCAAAAGAGGAGUUGGGCUUACUGCUUAGGCGUCUAAUUUCUAAUAGUCGAAUUCUUGUGAGUCGAGAGAAGAAGAGGGCGUUGAAUUGAUGAAGAAAACGAGAGCUGAAGAGUGGGCAGUGGUGGCUCUCUUCUGUGACACAUGAUUUGGGCAGGGAAAAAGGGACAACGCUGGAAACAAGGAAAAUUAAAGCAAAAGGAGGAGGUUGGGAGGUAAUUAUAGGCUUGAAAAGCAAAACCCAGGCCUGCUUCCAUCUUUUUUACUUCUCUCCAUCACGGGUUCACAGAUUCCUUCAGUAAAUAUACGGAAGCUUUCAAAGCAACCGAAGAGAACCCAGAGCGAGGAGGCCAGGCCCCCUUCUCUUCUCUUCUCCUCUUCUCGGUUUCCAUGACCGCAUUCUCUUUUCAGCAAUAACCUUAUCUUUCCCUUUCUCUUCCUCGUUUUUCUACUGAUUCCAAAUCCCAAAUAUGACUAAACUUCAGUGGCAAAUCUUUGUAGUUUCUGUGGGAAAUGGAGAGAAGAAGGGGAAGUUGGUAAUCUGAAUUUCAGCCUCAAGGAGGAAACCCCAUCUCAUUUCCUUGUUCUUAUCUUGCUUUUCGCUUCCGCCAUUUCGAUUCUUCUUUGUUUUUUUCUGGGUGCGCCCCAAUGAGGAAGCAUGGAUGGCAACUUCCUUACCAUCCUCUCCAGGUGGUUGCCGUUGCUGUAUUUCUAGCUCUGGGGUUUGCUUUCUAUGUCUUCUUUGCUCCUUUUGUCGGGAAGAAGAUUUUUCAGUAUGUUAUUAUUGGUCUAUAUACUCCUCUUAUUACAUGUGUGUUCGGCCUAUAUAUCUGGUGUGCGGCAGCCGACCCUGCAGACCUGGGAGUGUUUAAAUCCAAAAAGUACAUCAACAUACCAGAUGAAGGGAAGUGUUCUCAACAAAAAAGUUCCAAACUUGGUGGGGAAUCAACGACAUUCACACAUGAUCCCAAUGCUGCCUCUGUCGAAGAAAAAUCUGUAGAUAAAGACGCGGUGGGUGCAGAUGCAAAUUCUAAGGACCUUCUGCAAAUAGAAAAAGACAGUCCAGCUUCAAAGACAUUAUCCUGUCUUUCGUUGGCAUGCUUCCCUUGUGCAUUUGUUUGCAAUUGUUCGAGUUCGAAUGAGGAAUCUUCCCAGCAACACAUGAGUGAAGAUGGCAUGUUUUACUGCAGCUUGUGUGAAGUUGAGGUUUUCAAGUACAGCAAGCACUGUAGAGUUUGCGAUAAAUGCGUUGAUCGUUUUGAUCACCACUGCAGGUGGCUUAACAACUGCAUCGGCCGGAAGAACUAUAGACAAUUUUUCACCCUCAUGGUCGCCUCCCUCCUCUUGCUUAUUGUACAAUGGUCGAGCGGAAUCCUUGUGCUGAUCUGCUGUUUUGUCGAGAAGAAGCGAUUCUCUGUUGAAAUCUCCUCAAAAUUGGGUAGCAGCUUUUCUUUGGCACCCUUCAUUAUUGUAGUGGCAGUUUGUACGAUCUUGGCCAUGAUUGCGACGUUGCCGCUUGCUCAACUUUUCUUUUUUCACAUCCUUCUCAUAAAGAAGGGAAUUACUACAUAUGAUUAUAUCAUAGCUCUAAGGGAGCAGGAGCAAGAGCAACAGGGAGUUGGUGGCCAGCAAAGUCCUCAAAUGUCUGUCGUCAGCUCAUUAACUGGACUAAGCAGUGCGAGCUCGUUUUCUACUUUCCAUCGUGGUGCAUGGUGCACUCCGCCGCGCUUGUUUCUCGAGGAUCAGUUUGAUGUGAUUCCACCAGAGACUGGGUCUGUUAGUUCUCUAGGAAAGAGGACGGCUAAUGAGGAAGCAACAAAGAAAAAGAACCCUGCAGCUGUGAGGAUCAGCCCAUGGACACUGGCAAGACUAAAUGCUGAGGAGGUUUCAAAGGCUGCUGCAGAAGCAAGGAAGAAGUCCAAAAUUCUGCAGCCUGUGGUGAGAUCAGCGGCUCCUUUUGAGCGAGAAACAGAUAGCGGUUUUGGAAGUAGUGGUCGCCGAGUUGUUUCACGACCUGAAAACAAUAGAAGGCGAGGGAAUAAGCGGGUGCGACUUCCAGCUGAUCUACCUAUGAAACACAUGACAAAUAUUCCAGCAAAAGCUGUUGACAAAGGUUUCUCUGGCACAUCAACCAGCCUUGGUCCUCUUCAGCUUGAAGCACGCAGUGCUUUCCAAACAAGCAGAGCAAUGUCGAGUUCCACCAUGGUUGCCUCGUCUCCGGAGAGCAGUUUGGACUCACCUGAUAUCCACCCGUUUCGAAUAUCCUCAUCGGGAGCUGAAGAGUCUAAGCGACUCACAGGCCUAUCUGCAGCAGUUAAUGCAGCUGCUCAAAAGGGACUUCCACUGUCAAGGUCAACUAGUGAUGGAUAUGAAGCUUCGGGUGGGGAGGACAGCGACCGAGUUCCUUCGAGGAUUGUCCAAAGAUCGACAAACUGGAACAACGCCUUGUAUGGUUCAGAUCAGGAUGAGAGGCUUGCACAACUGCAAGCAUCAUCUUCUAACCAGAUUAACAGCAAACAUACCCGAUUAUGAGCUUCUUAUCGAUCAGGUUCAUCUCGAUAUCGUGGUGGUGCAAAGUUGAUAAUUCUUUCAUUCUCCAUCCAAGGAAUUCUCAAGCACCAAUCAAACAAUCUCUUCUGUAAAGUGAAAUUCUGCCUCGGCAUUGCAACCAAAGGAUCAAGGCAUCACUGAAGAUGAGUUACCUGACCCGAUGCCGAUCUCGAUGGUCGAAUUUAUUAGUUUAUUUCUUGAAACUCUCGGAUUUGCCUCGCUGUUUGAUAUGAAAUGAAUUCCUUGGACUGCUUUUGUUGAACAUGUGUUAGUUCCAACAGAUGAAUUCUUGUUAUCAUUCAUCUUUAAUGAUGUUUACUGAAAUGUGUUUCAACACUAAAGUUUUCCAGUCAUGUUGUCAAUUCUUUUACCCAUA